AUGAUUGGCGAGAAUGACGUUACAGUUACCCCUGGACUGGACCAGUCGUUGGGUUUUUUGGAUGCUUUGCCAUUCGACAUUAUUUGCGACAUUUUCUUGCGACUUGAACAACGUGAUUGUCUUACUUGCAUGGCGGUCUGUCACGCGUGGCGAGACCGGGUCCCACAAUACACAAAGGGUGUCUGGACGACAUUGCACCUCGAACAGCAUAAGCAGUACUUGGAGAACCACCGCGUCGCCCAGUGUAUUGGAAAUCAUCUUAAGCAAGUUACGCUAUCCGGGUAUGAUAAAGACGAAGAGCUUUUUACAGUACUGCAAAAGUUGAUUAGUUUUGGAUGUUUUGAAGUGGAUUCUCUUGAGUUUAUGCUCUGCAAGAUAGUGUAUCAGGGAGCUUUCUUACGCCUACUACGCCAGUUAGCACAGAACAUGACCGAACUGAAGUUCAUCGACCACCAAUGGAAUCUCUCCUUUUUGCAUGUUCUUGGAGCCUGUCCACGCCUAAAGAAUUUCACGUUCAAACCAAGUAGUGAUGGUUGGCGCUCUGGAAUCUAUGACCAAGAGCCGACUGUGGCAGCUGGCUUGCCGUCGAAUUUGGUGUUCGAAAGUCUUACUCACGUGUGCCUGGACACCGUGAUAAGCAAGCUUCGCUUGAAACGGAUUUUACAGAGAUGCCCGAACCUACGCUGUCUAAUCAGCUCCAACAAUAUUAUAGACUUGUAUUUGCACUCACCACCCGAUGCUCGCGACGCUAUCGUUGAUUUCGACACGCUUUUCACUUUAUGCCCUUUAAUCUCCCACCUCGAAGUCAAUUCCGUCUUACUCGACCCAAUGGAUAUCGGGUAUCGUGACAAUUAUCCGUUCUGGAACGAAAGAGGAGAUGCUGCUGCUGCUGCUAUUACAACUAGUUCUGGAACUGGGCUGCGCGCAUUUAUCACUCGAGAAGGCAACGGAUAUAAACCAGAUCAAAUCAUGCCGCUUAUGCAAAAAAAUGCAAACAACCUGGAACUCUUAUGGCUUGGGGAGAACAUCGAUUACGAGCACAGAGAUUUGCCGCCUGCCAACUGGUCACAUUUGAUACAAUCCAUCCACGCUGAGCAACUACGUAUUCUGUUUUGCGACCGACUCAACUGCGAUGGAGCUGCCUAUGGAUCGAUGCUUCAACAAUGUCCUGCUGUGGAAGUCCUAGUAUUACGAAGUGCAUAUAUGACGACGGAUACGUUUACCGGGCUUGAAACAUUGGAACGACUUAAAUUUCUAGAACUACAGCAUAUCACAAUGACACAUGAUGCAGUGAUCGGCAGUGCAUUUGCAAGGGCUAUGACUGUUCUUGGUUCAAGACCAGAUUGCACACUAGAAACCCUUCAUCUUCUUAAAGUACACGAUAUGAAUGAUCAAAUGCUACUUGCGGUACCCAGCAUCAAGACGAUAAAAACACUCAAUAUCAUUUGCAGUGGGCGGUUCAUCACAGAUGACGGUUUGUCUGAUUUUGCAGAGUUGCUGCUUCAAAAAGGCGGGUUCCGUACUAGCAGUACUAUCGAAAAUAUCCUGCUAUCGUCCCUGCGAUGUAUUCCUUGCAGAGCAUUAUGUGCUUUUCGAGAGCUUCAGACAUUGAAAAGUCUUACUAUAGAACACACUCGCAGAGUGGAUAGUGAAGGUCUGUGCCAGCUCCUAAACAGCACAAACAGUUUACAAAAGCUGAUUCUGAAAGGAACGGAGCUUAUUGGCCCUCGUCGUGCCGAGGCAGAAGCAUAUGCAAAGGAAAAGUUAGGCUCUGGUUACCAGAAUGAUAAUUAUCCAGUGAUGUAUAUCGGCGCACAAUAUUUACCCGUUCCUCUUUAA